CGGAAGGCAGCGAUUGCAACGCCGGCGAGACGGAAGGCGCUUGACAGCGGAGGGAGCAGGGGGCGGCCAUCGCUUUGUGCUUGUCGGUGGCUCUCGGAGGCCGAGGCCGGGAAUCGUGUUCUUCGCCGUCAGACCCUUUAAAAUUUGGAUAUGUCCUUCAUAUUUGACUGGAUUUACAGUGGUUUCAGCAGUGUACUACAGUUUUUAGGACUGUACAAGAAAUCUGGCAAAUUGGUAUUUCUUGGAUUGGACAAUGCUGGAAAAACAACACUACUACAUAUGUUAAAAGAUGACAGGCUUGGACAACAUGUACCUACAUUACAUCCCACAUCAGAAGAAUUGACCAUUGCUGGCAUGACUUUUACCACUUUUGAUCUGGGUGGACAUGCUCAAGCUCGAAGAGUGUGGAAAAACUAUCUGCCUGCCAUAAAUGGCAUUGUUUUUCUCGUGGAUUGUGCAGACCAUGAACGACUGUUAGAAUCAAAAGAAGAACUUGAUUCUCUUAUGACAGAUGAAACAAUAGCUAAUGUGCCUAUUCUCAUUCUUGGAAAUAAGAUCGACAGACCUGAAGCCAUUAGUGAAGAGCGGUUACGAGAGGUGUUUGGUCUGUAUGGUCAAACAACAGGAAAGGGAAGUGUUUCAAUGAAAGAGUUAAAUGCCAGACCUUUAGAAGUCUUCAUGUGCAGUGUGCUAAAGAGACAAGGCUAUGGUGAAGGCUUUCGUUGGUUGGCGCAGUACAUCGAUUAAUGCCAAAUCCACAUCUGUCUUUGUCUGAAUACUAAGUCUGCUUAGUCAUUUGAUCACUCAGCAUACAUAACUUGAAUUCAAUAGACUUUUGUUGGUUAUGAAAGAUAAGUUUUUUAGAUCAUUAAUAUUAUGUAAACUAUUAAUUGUGAGCGUGAGGAUUGAAAACUGAUUUCAGGCAAGUUUGGAUAUCACAUUGUUAGCUUUCUAAUCCUAUAAAAUAAUUUAUGUUCUUUUACAAUUUAUAAUUUGACAUUUGCACCCAGCACCAUUUUUGGACAGAGUGACUUUCCAGUCCAGUAUGUUUGAAUGCACUUUUUAAUAGCUAAAAACUACAGAUAUGUGAACGGUAUUUAAUGCUCAUCAUGUUAAAUUUUUUAUGUACUUUUUUGGAACUGGUUUUAUAAAUUUAGACUAUAUAACCACCUGUCUUUAAGGUACAAUUAAUAAUUAGCUUAUUAAUUGCAUGAUGCCUUACAGUUUUUAAUAAUAUUCUUAUGCAACGUCAUGCAAUAAAACAAAAUCGAAUUUUUGGCAUAUUUGGUGGGGAAAUGUUUCAUUUUGAUGUGUCUUAGUGAGGAUGUUCUUUGAAAAUAUAAGUGUGAUAUUUAAUGGACAAUAGGAGAUUGUUUUAGCAUACUGAUAUUAUAAAUGUUUAAGUUCCAAUGGGCUUUUGAAUUUAUCUUGGAGGAUUUUUGUGGCAGAAUGCUUCUCUAACCUCUUUCUUCCCUGUGAACUCUGUAUGUUCUUUAGUCACUAGUGCCAAGAGAAUCCAUUUUCAAAUAGUGAAACUCUGAACUCCUGAAGGAAGAUAACUUUCUUGACUUAUCACAUGCUUAAUUCUUAGUUUUAGUAGGCCCUUAGUUGUAUCACAGUUGUUUCAUUCUGAAGUACUUUUAACUGUGUUGGUGCUUUUUUAAGGAACAUGUCCUCAUUGUAAGAAACAAGUCGCCAAUCUUUAUAUAUGAUGAGAUCCCCAAGUCAAAUUAGAGGCCGUCUCCUGUAUACAAUUUUAGCUUGGUGGCCUACUUGUUUGCCUUAGUUAAGAGAAGCAGCUUGUUAUUUACGUUUUAUCAUCAAGACAUUUUACUCAGUGGAUUUUUUGCUUCUUGUCACAUUCUUCAUGGCACUGAAGGAGGAUUAUUUCUUGCUAUGGAAAAAACCAAACACUUUUCUAAUCUUCUUACUCCUGUUUUGGACAGUUUUUUUUGUUUAUAGCACCCAGGUUUUCAUCUGCACAUGUAAUGUUUGUUGUUCUCUAGCCCCUCUACAAGCCUUAGUGAAAAUUACAGAUAACAUCUGAUAAGGACUUGGUAAUUUUAUCAAGGUAUUUUUCUGUUUUCUCAUAUUCCCUUCAUUAGUACAGUAAGACACAAGAGUGAAUAGAUAAUGCUCUAUACUUCAAGAGAAUUUUAAAGUAUAUGAUUUUGUUCCUUAUUAUACAAAGAUCUUACUUAUCAGAAUUUAACUCUGGUAUAAUUGAAAUUAAAUGUUUUCUUAAGCCUUUAAUGGUGUAAUCCUGAGAGAAGCCUUAUAGUACUAAAGUAGAAAAUGUGACCGUUAUUCCAGAUAAACAUACAACAGUGCUGCUAGUGAGAUAUUUUACAUUUUUACACUGGGGAAUCUAAACUUUGUGGAAUCAUUUCUUACCUUGAAAUUGGAUUUUAGUCGUUCAUAUCUGCCAAGUUUCGUAUUUAGUUCCUUUCCAAGAAAAACUAAAAGGGCUGUUUCCUAUAUAGCUGAUAAUGCAUCAGUAACAGGCUACAUUUCUAACUUACUUAGGACAUUAUACUAGAUAUUAUAAAAGGAGAUUGCCUCUAAAGUGCUCACUGAAUCUGAACAAGGUGAUUAAGAUUAACUUCCAUUUGCUGAUGGCAUCUCAUGUACGUUGAGGACAUAACUUUCUCCAUUUCUCUUGAUGUCACCAUAAUUUAAGAAGUUAAUAGCUGACACUGUAAAUAGGAAAACAAAUUGUUUCUUUGUGUAAAAUAGUCUGUUCAAGACUUGGACUGCUCUUAUUGUGGAAUUGACACUUGGUAGAAAAGAAGCAGACAGGUUCACUUUAUUAAAAAAAUGUACAUAAGCAGUGUGAGCCUUUUGCCAGUGAGGGUAGGGGGUAUUCUUGUGACCUAAGCCUGUGGAAAUGAAGCUGGACAAAGCAAUGAUAGCUGAAAUUCCCUCCUCUUCCCAGGAGACAUAUCUAUAAAGCCUUUUGCUAGCUGAUCCAUGAGGCAGCUUUGAGAGGGGCCCCCCGAAAGCUACUUGUGCUAUUAUUUCCAAUACACGUAAGCAAAUUAAGGUAGCAGAAAAGAGCAGAAGAAUAUGUGUGAGUAUACUUGUGAUAUUUGGGGAUAAAUAUUAGUGCUGCAUAUAUGCAAAUUCUGUGCUUCACACUGUACAGUGCUAGUUUAAAAUGUGGUUGUAACCUCUUGCAUCCAUACAAAUUGGGUGCAGGCUAAUCAGGCAGCAUUCAGAAAAUCUAAGCUAAUUUUGAAAAGUAGUAUGUAUAAAAACUCAGUUCUAAAAACUGUACUUAUAAAAUGUUUCAGAUUGACAUUCUUAGCAUAGCGUCUCAUGUUUCAUUGACUACUAUUAAAUUUAUUUUGGAAUUUAGGCUAACUAGAAUGACAGACUCAGUUUCAUAUCUGAACUCACCUGCUUAAUUUUUUAGAUGGAAUAGAUUAUAGGAUAUUAGAAAUUUAGAGACACAGACAUUUCCCAAGGCAUGUGGAAGAAUUUUCCCUUCCAUCUAAUCUCUUAUUAGUUUACUUGAAAACCAGUAUUGUCUUAUGUGUGCCAAAGAUUUUUUUAAAGUGUGCUUCCAGAUAUUACCUAUAUAAAUCAAGGGUUAUUUGCACAUGUGAAGGCACUGCCAUUUACAGAAUAUGCCAUCAUAAUUAUGAAUUGAACUUCGUAUUUGUAGUUUUGAACUGGCUCACUUCGCAGCAGGUUCCACAGGUGAAUUUGCAGAUGGAUGAAUAAGGUGACUGUUGUAAUAACUUCCUUAACUUCUGCAAAGUGAUUUCACUACUCAUUCAUAAUUCUGCAUUUUUACGUGUUUCAGAAUUAACCACUAGUGAGACAACUAGCAAUAUUUAUAGUGUUUUGACAAAAGAAUUUUAGGGUAAAUGUUUACAUUUUCUGAAUCUUGCUGUUUGACAUAAUAUUUGGUAUGGUAUUUCAUUCCUGUUAGUCACAGGAUUAAUUGACUUGGCUGUAUUGUCAAGGAAGUGGACAAAAGGGCAUUUGGAAAGUAUAUUUGAAGGAAAAGAAAAAAAUUCAUCUCACAUACUUUGUUUCCAUUUUUAUUAAGAACGUAGUAAUUUUACUAAGAAUUUAUUUUGCCCUUUUUUGCUUCUGGAAGUUGUGAAUAUCUAAAAAGUUACAGUGAAAUUUCAAAUCAGCUUCAUGGUGGGGAAAAAAGUCUUAAAGAUAAGUAUGAGUUGGCAGAUAAAAAAUAGUUAAAAAAAGAUUAAUAGGGCAUUAAGUGUAACUUGGAGUAAAACAAGAUUUGGUACUUUAAGUUUGAAUUAAUGAGGCUUGACUAUAAAUCCAAGAGGUCAGGGAAUUUUAAGCCACAUACUGAAUUCCCAAAGCCAUGUGCAUAUGGGCCCAGUUACUUCCAUUAAUGCCCACCCUUUAGAGAUGCAAAUGGCUGCUUUUAAGACUAAGACAAGCUCUUUGAAAAGGCAGCCAUGUCAUUCCUAUAAAGUAUUCAGGAUUUUGCUAGAAAUGUGUGUGUGUGUGUGUGUGUAUGUGUACACACACAUGCAUGUAUGUAUGUCUGUAUCCAUAUAUCCAUCCUUCCGUUUAAUCAUUCAGCCUUCCACACCUUGCUCUCACCCCUUCUCCCAGGCCACCUCCCACCAUCCAAAAAUGUGAUGGAAAAUAUUAAGGUUUACACUAGGAUGCAGUGCUGUGUUCAUGGUGUUUGAGUUCUAGAUGUGCCCUUAGCUUCUGCUUAUUUUUGUCUUCUUAAAUUAGUACUUUUAUGUUCUAAAAUGUGAUUGUGCUGACAUCUUGUUUAAUAGUACCUUUCGAAAUAUCCUGACUAUCACACAGUAUCUUGAAAUUAUUUGGGGUUUUGGCCAGUCUUUCAAAGACACAAAAAUAAAGCAGAACCAAGGCAUUCUUACAUUUCUUCAGAAGAACCACAUACCAUAUUGGGUUUUAGGGGAAAAAUAGAAAGGUCUUUCAGGUGGUUUUGUCAAAAAUUAUUUCUAGAAAAGGAACAUUUGAAUGGACAGACUUUUUUAGGCAUGUGUUUGAAAUAAAAAUUUUAUUUUUUUUUUCAACAUUUGGUGGAUAAGGGUGGGUAACACACUAGUUUUGAAUGUUAAAAGCCACUUUAGAAUGAACAUUUUUAAUUCUUGGAAUUUCACACCUGGUUACUGUGCUAUAAUAGCUGCUCAACCAAUACACACCAGGUCCACGUACAUGUGGCUGAGUUUGUUUUAAGGCUACUAGAAAGUAUUUUUAUUUGGAAAUAGGACAUUAACAGACACCUGGAGUGGAAAGCCAAUGAUUUGUUAAUCACUAACCUCUUUUGCACUUUUGUAUACCACUGCUUGCACUAGUAUCUCAGUGUGGAAUUUUAACAUUAUCAUUUUGGAAUGUGAAUAAAUGUUUUAAACAUAAUAUAUAUAAAGAAUUUCUUGUUUACUUUUAUGUAUUUUGCAGAAGUGUAGCAAACAGAUGGUCGAAUGUUUUUGAACUUUGUUGUGUUAUUUUGAUUAUUCUGUUCUGUUAUCUCAUUGCACACUUUGAAUUUGAGUGCCAGGAAUAGCAAAAUAAAACUCUAACCUGAACAAUGAAGAAUUCUAGUGUAGAGUUCCAUUUCUAAUUAGUUGUGUUAAUUAGCAUUCUUUGUUAGAAGUGAAUGGAAAUUCCUUGGACUUUGGAAUCAGAAAUAUGGAGGAAUAUCUUUUCCCAGCUAAUAUCUCAUUGAUUUGGUCUUUGAAUCUGGUGCCUUGUGACACUUGCCCAAACACAGAUUCCCAGCCUACUUUAAAAAACUAAAAGCAUACCAUGGCUGAAUCCAUUCAGUGUUAAAUGGAAGUUGGAAAAGUAAGACAACCAGUUGGUUUUGUCUCUGUCAUGCAAAACAAGCAUUGACUGAUUUUCCUGCUUUGCUAACUGAACCAUUCAUUCAGAAUAACCAAACUAAUGAUAUAUUGAUGUACAUUCCUUAAGUCAGAAUUCAAGAGAAAUAGAAAAUGAAGACAAAGCAGGUAGUUAAUGCCAGCCUUAUAUAUCUGCCCACAUCUCUUUAACUUAAAUCUUACCACUAACACUCAAGGUGAUGCAAUGAUGGAUCUUUUGUGUUGAUUUUUUGUAAUUGACACUUUUACUGGAGAUUGGUGAAAAUAGAUGAAACUAGGGUAGUCAGGCAGUAUUAAUUCUAUUAGUUCCCUAAAUUUAAAAGUUUUCAGGUUUUUAGCUUGUUCUAAAAAUAAUUAUUGAGUGGAAAUUAGGGUUUUUGAUUUGUUGUUUUAAGCGUAAUGUCCAGGUAGUGGGCACACUGAAAUAAUAAGAUCCAGAAAUAGGCUUAUUUAAAACAUUUUAUCUGACUAAUUCCCAACUAGAUAAUUGUGUCACUCAAAUUUAAACUAAAAGUAAUACAAAUAUUACAGCCCUGUGGAAAAAUGGGAGUACUUUGGAUAUUAUAUAGUGAAUAAAUGAAAUGCCUUACCUUGGAAUUUAAUUCAGAGCAUUGUCUGUUGUUAGGGACUUAAUAAAGUGAUUAUAAGCUGUUUUAUUAAUCCUUUCUGUUCCUCCUAUUGACAGCCCUGUUAACUAAAUUCUCUGUAUUAUAAUAACAUGGAACUAUAAACAACCUAGUAGUUUGUUAAGAAGUAGAGAUGUUUUUUCUUCUUAAUUGUAUGAAAGGUGCUUCUACUGAUAACUUUAAAAUUUUGAUUAAAAGGAUAAAUCUUCUGUCA